UCAUCAUCAUCGUCGUCAUCGUCGCGGUCGCACUCAGCUGCUCGCACAGCGGCAGCAGUAGUAGAAAGGGUUCGAAGUGGGGCCCCGUUUUUGUGUGGUCGUCCGACAAGUGUCAGUCAGCCAGCAUCAGCGACAUCACCGCCGCCAACCAGCAACGUACAGACAGGAAGCCCUCCUGCUUGGCUUGGCACAACAGCAGCAGCAGCGGCGUCUGGGCAGUUAUGAGUUCGCGCGCGAAUUCAACUUCAGUCGAUAAAGCGUCGCGAUCGUAUUCACACCGUUUUGCUUGGUUGCUCUCGUCUCUCGUCGCGCGUCUCCGGAAGCCCGGCUCCUCACUAGGUGUUUGAAUUUUUCCCAUAACUGAAAAGGACUACUUUGAUUGGCGUGCGCGAUCGGGUGUGAUCUUCUUGCAUUUUUGGUGCGUUCGGGUGUGUGUGAAUGUGCGACGCUUGCUUUGUUUUUCCGUGUUCAGCGUACGGCGGUGUUUUUGCGUGAUCUUGUGUUUUUGGACAGCGAUCGCUGUUCGGCGGAAGUUUACCGCACCGCACGGAAAGUGUCAAGUGUUUGAAAAGUGCACUCACUACAUGAUCGCGGCAUGUGCGAAUGAAACGGAUGUCUAGCCACGGAGUGAAUUUUAAUUGGACUUGGUUCUGACGCGCGCGCGGAAAGGAAGUGUGUCCGUUUGGCGACCGUUCGUUGAAGGUCGUCAGUGUUUGCAUCGGUGGCCUUGCUUUUAGUUGCUGUUGUGUAUGUCAGCAUCGGCGGUCACGAUCUGCGGUUUGUGAAAGUGAAAGAAGGCGAAGAUUGUGCGAAAAACAUCAGAAGAAAGGAAAUUUCAAGGAGAGCGAUAAAAAGAAACGUGUUCUCGACUCGCGCGCGUUCGUCGUCUGAUGUCGGAGAAAGAGUGAUCCUCGGGUCGGGUGAGAGUGGGUUGGGUGCUGGCGCGAGUAAAAAUAGUUUACUGGUUCAUUUUUUAUCGGUUUCUGCUACUAACGGAGGAGCGUGCACCAGUGUGUGAACUGUGUGUACAUAUGUCAUUAAGUGUUCGAGUUAAUCGUAAAUAAAUGCUGGUGGUUAACCCCUUGCUGCCGCUCCGCUCCGAACGAGUUUUCAGCGCCAAAAGCGAAAAUAGUGCAUGACGCACUGUCACACUUCUAGCGAGAUACGGACAACAAAGUAGGCGUACAUCGUCCUACCUUACGCCUGAACAAAGAACAGCUCCCUGGAUCGACCGUAGCAAGCGCCGCGAAUACGAUCAACGUCGACGCAAAGGGUUAUCGCUUUCCUUCCUCGCAUGAAUGUCCAAAUCGUUCACAGCGAUCAAUAGCCGAAGAAAGUCACAACCCCCCACGGCCACAGAAUGACGAAACUAUUCGAGGACUGCCGUGCCCUAGACGGCCAGCAGCUGGUCGGUGCCAGCGACAGUGGUGACAUGACUUGGGCCAAACUUUUACCCGCCGCCGGUGGCGACGGCCAACCCGGCGACGGCGGUCCCAUUCCCAUUGUGGUAAAAUCCACAGACAUUUCCCGCGAAAAGGCCCCUCGCGACGUGCUGGUAACCAUCGAUCCGGACACGGGCAAGCAACAGGUCGACGCGGUGAACCCGGCUAACGCUGGGCGCCGCCGGGAGUCCAUCAUCGGUACAUUCCACCGGCAGUUGCGGCAGUCGCUGAAGGAAGCGUCCGGACCGCUAACAAGAUACCGACAGACGCGAUUUUCAUCGCGACGCAUACGGAAGCGCGUCAUCUUCAAGCAGGGCGAUUGCAACGUUGUACAGGGCAAUGUGGCCAAACGGAGACGGCGCUACCUGCAGGAUAUAUUCACCACCCUGGUCGACAUUCAGUGGCGCUGGACGUUGCUGGUAUUCGCCCUGAGCUUCAUCCUGUCCUGGCUGGGAUUCGCCAUCAUUUGGUACCUGAUCGGGUACAGCCACGGCGAUAUGGCCGCCCAUGCCAACGGAGACACCCAACACCAGCCGUGCGUUACGUUCAUCUACGGCUUCACGUCGGCAUUUCUGUUCUCGCUGGAAACGCAGCACACCAUCGGCUACGGGAACCGGUUCGUGACGGAGGAAUGCCCGGAGGCCGUGUUCAUACUGGCCCUGCAGAGCAUCACCGGUGUGUUCAUCCAAGCAUUUAUGGUUGGCAUCGUGUUUGCCAAGCUGUCCCGGCCGAAGAAGCGCGCCCAAACGUUGCUGUUCUCGCGCAACGCCGUCAUCUGCCACCGGGACGGGGUGCCGUGUUUGAUGUUCCGCGUCGGGGACAUGCGCAAGAGCCACAUCAUCGAGGCGCACGUGACGGCGCAGAUCAUCCGGCGGAAGAUCACCAAGGAAGGCGAAACGCUGCCGUUCUACCAGCAGAACAUGGAGGUCAGCUGCGACGGCGGCGACGACCGGCUGAUGUUCAUCUGGCCGACGAUCGUGGUGCACAAGAUCGAUAAGGACAGUCCGCUGUACAAUCUGUCCGCACAGGACAUGCUGCGGGAGCGGUUCGAGAUAGUCGUUAUGCUUGAGGGCGUAGUGGAAUCCACUGGCAUGACGACCCAGGCCCGCAGUAGCUACCUACCGUCGGAAGUGCUAUGGGGCCACCGAUUCGAGUCGGUUGUCACGUUCAAACGGGACACCGGAGAGUACGAGGUGGACUACACCAUGUUCAACAAUACGUACGAAGUGGAUACACCGUUGUGCAGCGCACGGCAACUGCACCAGGUCAAGAAGGAGCUCAACAAGCAAGGGCUAGUCCCAUCGUCAUCUUCAUCCAGCGACGAGUCGGACAACACGUCCACCUCGGAAGAUGCCGCCAUCGACAAGGGCCGACAUCUCCACAGCAACGGUUACCUGUAUUUCAAUGUCACCCCUGCUGGCGGUGGUGGUGGAGGUGAGGCCGAUGUUACGGCUUCACCUCCGCUGAACAGUCGUAGAACUCCGGUUCAACCGAGUUCGGUGGCUGCAGCUGCGACUGCGAAUGUUCGCGGUGGUGGUGGUGGAGCUGAAGAUGUAGUCACCGUGCUGACCGAGGGAUCGCCCACAGCGAGUCCAAAGCAGCGCAACUUCCGCAAGCUUUCCAUCAAGGAACCUUCGAUGGAUUCGCUGUGCUGAGAGGAGAGGUGAAGAGGGUUUCGUGGCGUUGAUGAGGUUGUUCUUGCAGUAGGCUGUGCAAGCUGGGAGAGUUCGUUGAAUCCAAGGAUACCAUAGUGCAGGGUUAACCGAUGAUACCGAUGAGAGUUCCACCUCGGUCGCCACACUAGAACAAGAACAGCUACCGAUCUGCCAAGCGGAACUCGUUGAUGAACUGUAGGUUAGGUACUAUACUACUGCUGCACAGUGCGUGAUUAGAGGUGAAACACACCACGUUUUCGAAAUCGCAGGUCUUUCCAUUCGAGCUAGCUCAGUGUAGGUCGUAAGUGUUUUAUUGUGUAAUUUUCCUUUUUUAGAAUUUUGUUACACUAUUGUCAUAUCAGUUUUUACGUACGUAACGAAGAACACAAAGUGAGACAGAAGAAGCUAUUCAGAAGAUGAAUCAAAUUCAUCGAUUAUGCCAUAAGUGAAGAGUUUUACCAAGUAGGAUAUACUUCA